UUUCUGAUACUAACUCCUACCUCCCAGACCCAUGGAUGCUGCAGAGUUUCGCAAGAGAGGGAAGGAGAUGGUGGACUAUAUUGCAGAUUACCUGGAAAAGAUAGAUAAACGACAGGUCUUCCCAGAUGUGGAACCAGGAUAUCUGAGGCCGCUCAUUCCAGACUGUGCACCCCAGGAUCCUGAGAGCUUUGAGGAUGUCUUUAAAGACAUUGAGAAGAUCAUUAUGCCAGGGGUGACUCACUGGCACAGCCCAUAUUUUUUUGCCUACUUCCCUUCAGCCAAUUCCUUCCCAGCUCUUCUUGCAGAUAUGUUGUGUGGUGGAAUAGGAUGUGUUGGCUUCUCUUGGGCUGCAAGUCCAGCUUGCACAGAGCUGGAGACUGUUAUGCUGGAUUGGCUAGGGAAGAUGAUUAAUCUGCCUGAAGAGUUUUUAGCUGGGAAGGAUGGACAAGGUGGAGGCGUCAUUCAGGGAAGUGCCAGUGAAGCCACACUGAUUUCACUGCUUGCUGCAAGAACAAAAAUGAUUAAAUGGGUGCAGUCAGAAAAGCCUGAGCUAACAGAAGCAGAAAUCAUGGGCAGGCUGGUGGCCUAUGCUUCAGAUCAGGCCCAUUCAUCUGUGGAAAGGGCUGCAUUAAUUGGUGGUGUGAAGAUAAAAAAUGUUCCUUCAGAUGAAAAAUUUACUGUUUGUGGUUCAGCUCUAAAAAAAGUUUUGGAGGAAGACAAAGCAGCUGGCCUUAUCCCAUUUUUUUUUUGUGCAACACUUGGAACCACCCCAUGCUGCUCCUUUGACAAACUGUUAGAACUGGGUCCUCUUUGUAAUAAGGAAAAUAUCUGGAUGCAUAUUGAUGCAGCCUAUGCUGGAAGUGCAUUCAUCUGCCCUGAAUUCAGGCAUCUUUUAAAUGGAGUGGAGUUUGCAGAUUCAUUUAACUUUAAUCCUCACAAAUGGCUCCUAGUGAAUUUUGACUGCUCUGCAAUGUGGGUGAAAAAAAGAUCGGAUUUAACAGGUGCUUUUAAAUUAGAACCUCUUUACCUGCAGCAUCACCAUCAAGAGUCUGGCCUUGUAACAGAUUACCGGCACUGGCAAAUCCCCCUGGGAAGGAGGUUCCGCUCCCUGAAGCUCUGGUUCGUGCUGAGGAUGUACGGGGUGACGGGGCUGCAGGAGCACAUCCGCAAGCAUGUCAGGCUGUCACAUCAAUUUGAACACUUAGUUCUUCAGGAUGAGCGAUUUGAGGUCUGUGCUGAGGUCAUCCUGGGACUCGUCUGUUUCCGGCUAAAGGGCUCAAAUGAACUAAAUAAGGCACUUCUAAAAAGCAUAAAUGAUGCCAAGAAGAUUCAUCUGGUCCCAUGCCACCUGCGAGAAAAGUUUGUGCUGCGCUUUGCUGUUUGUUCCCGCACGGUAGAAUCCGCCCACGUCCAGUUCGCCUGGCAGCACAUCUCACAGCUGGCAACGGAGCUCCUGGAAACGCGGGCGCCGCUGCAACAGCAGCAGCAGUGCUGAAGCAGCAGUGGGUAGGAGGUGAUUAACUGGCUUGCUCUGUGUCACCAGGUUUUGUUUUAGGGGCAGGUGGGAAAGUCAAAUUAUGCUAGGAGAAAAUCCGUAAGUGUUGUCAUAUAGCCCAGAUGUAUUUGCAAAAUCAUUGCCAGCAGGUUGUGUUGUGACC